GUAUCUGGUUGCCAGCAGGUCUCUCUGUCAGAAACAACAGCUUUUGCAGUUGUCUACCCUGGGAUACUCUGUCCUUUAGAAGCCUUUUGGUCUGGCCUGUGUCAAUCAGGGCCCCACAUGUUGCUCAGCUGAUGACUAUAGCCUCUGUAAUUCCCAGUGCCUGCCUCAGUCCCAAGAAUCCUGGGGUUCCCCUGGGGGUACACAGAGCUGCAGUGUGCAGGCUGCUUUCCUAGGACCUAAUGUGUGUUAAAAGGGUUUGCAGAAUGGCUGCCAGCCAGUGAUUGGGGGCUUGGCCAAGGGCAGAGAAGUGAUUAAUUCAGCAAAUCUGCUGUGUUGCAUUUAAUAAAGGGCCUAGGACAGGCCCAUGUCUCUUCUAAUGGGGGGACAGUUGAGGCACCAGUCUGCACAGUGAGCUUCUGUGGAAGCUCCCUUGGCCAGGACAAAGGGUUAGUCAACUGGUGGCACUGGACUGCCUCACAGGCAGUUGUCUGGGUAGUAAGUGUGCCUCAGGUGGUAUCAGGAAUAUUCCUACCUGAACCGUCCCUGAGGGAUUCUCAGGCUGCAGUGGUCACAACCUUCUUGCCUCAGCACCCAGCAUCGGAAAUGUAGUCACACACACACAUCCCUCGUGGGCCACCACAGCUGGGGACAACGGGACUUUGUCAGUGUGAGUGGUCUCUGUUUGUUGCCAUCUCAGCUGGCAAGGCCCUGCAACAUGGUAACAGCAGCACAGAAAAGCCAUGACCAAGGAACUGUGCUCCCUUUGCUCAGUCUUACAGCAGAGGAAGAUGCUGAAGUGUGUCUCCUGGGACAGCGUGGUACUGAGAUGAGAUGCAAGGGUCUGCUUUUGGAGGGUUUGAGAGGAAGGUACAAGCAGGUGCUGAGGGACAGAGACAGCCCUGGAGCUCUGACUAUAUGGAGGGACACGCACCAGCACAAGGAAGGCUCAGUAGCUAGCAGGGCCCAGGCAGAGGCAGCCCCGGACCUGAAGGGGACAAGGUAGGGAGGGACAGCAGCAGUACCUGGGACGUGCCAUGUCUGUGCUCCGCCCAGGGCAUGUGUCCUGGGCAACCGGGGUGGCUCCUCUGUGACACUGCUGUGGAACCAGUGGAACCGGUCAGUGUGCACCAUGCUGUGCUGCCUGCUGCUCCUCGCCCUGCUGCUGGGAGCUGCCCUCCCACAGCCUGUGCGCCAGAGGGACAGCUACUCAGUUCCUGAGGAUUUCUCUGCUCCGCUGGAGCUUCCAGAGAAGCACUUCGGCCUGGUGGAUGAUUACGGCAUCAAACCCAAGCAGCCUGGCUUCAUGGCGCGGUUGGCCCCGGCGCGGCCGGCGGAGCUGCGCAGAGCUCGCAAAAGCAAGCGCGACGGGCUGGACCUGCUGGAGUACUACGAGGAUGGGCGCCUGUGAGCCAGCGUGCCCCCGUGCCCACCACAACCCAGCAGCUGCUGCAUCAUCAUACUGCAAGAGACUGAUUCUGCCACUGCAAUUAAAAGUCACCCCAGAUGGAUGUGACAGGAAGCUGUGCCAUGGUCACAAGGAGAUGCUGUCACCCCAGCCUGCAGCUGUAAAGGGCACGAGCAC